AUACGACCCACCGAGACCCCUCAAACGAUGUCUAACUCUGUUGCAGUAAAGAAGCAGAAGAUGGAGGAGUCCGCGCUGGAGCAGCUGAAGGAGCAUACCGUGGUGGUGGCCGACACCGGAGACUUCAAUGCUAUUGACGAAUACAAGCCACAGGAUGCCACCACUAACCCGUCCCUGAUAUUGGCAGCAGCCCAAAUGCCGGACUACAAACACCUAGUAGAAGAUGCAAUCAAGCAUGGGAAAAAGCUUGGUGGGUCUCAAGAGGAGCAGAUGAGCAAUGUCAUGGACAAGCUGUUUGUCUUGUUUGGAGUGGAAAUCCUGAAGAAGGUCCCAGGCCGGGUUUCCACAGAGGUGGAUGCCAGACUGUCUUUUGAUAAAGAUGCGAUGGUUGAUCGGGCCAAACGCAUAAUAGCACUUUACAAGGAGGCUGGUAUUGACAAGGAGCGGAUCCUGAUAAAGCUGUCCUCUACCUGGGAGGGGAUACAGGCUGGAAAGGUGCUGGAAGAGCAGUAUGGCAUACACUGCAACAUGACCUUGCUUUUCUCCUUUGCACAAGCUGUGGCCUGCGCAGAGGCUGGUGUCACACUCAUAUCACCAUUUGUGGGGAGGAUAUUCGAUUGGCAUGUGGCAAACUCUGGCAAGAAGAGUUACGAGCCAUCGGAGGACCCAGGUGUGGUAAGUGUUACCAAAAUCUACAAUUACUACAAGAAGUUUGGCUACAAAACCAUCGUGAUGGGUGCAUCAUUCCGUAACACAGGAGAGAUAAAGGCUCUGACUGGCUGUGACUUUCUGACCAUUUCCCCCAAACUUCUCGGAGAGCUCAGCAAAGAUUGUUCUAAGCUCACCCCAGUACUCACUGCUAAAGAAGCUCAGGCCAGCAAAUUAGAGAAGAUCAGCCUGAAUGAGCAACAGUUCCGCUGGCUACACAACGAGGAUCAAAUGGCUGUGGAGAAGCUUUCUGAUGGGAUUAGGAAGUUUGCUGCUGAUGCCAUCAAGCUGGAAACGGUGUUACAGGGGCGGCUCAGAAAGUAAACUUGGUGAUUCCUUAACUACAAAUCUCAUCGAUCAUUCCUCGCCUGUAAUAGGAAUGCUCCUGCAGUCCAGCAUUCUGAGUCCUCAUUAUCCAUAUUGUAACAUUGCCAUUUUACAAACCGUUUUAUAAAUUCUUUUUGUAUGUUCUUAAGCACUGAUUAAACCCGGCAUCUCCUGUAAAA